AGAAAUAUGAACAGCCCAGUGAGGAAACACUUCAGCUUCAGUUGUCAUUCAACAUGGAAUAUAUCGAGGACGUGUGUUUGACAGCGACGGUGAUCUAAACACCCAUAUGGCAAAAAUACAUAGAGUUUAAAUCACGAGAAUGGAGGGAUGUUUAAUUUUCCCAUUCUGGUGGGUAUCCGUAAAUGCAGCAAAUCCGAUGUUGGCAUUGGGGAAGUAGAUGGGGGACCAGUGACUGAAUAAAAGUAGCUGGGAGACAUUUUAUGAGACAAUACUUGACUUCUGGCAUCCAGACUCUGUUGACAAAAAGCAUUCAAUCUCACACGGCUGAGCCAUGGCCGGGUUUCAGAUCCGGAAGUAUCGGGAUGACGAUGCAGAGGCAGUGAAGGAGAUCUUCACCCUUGGGAUGAGCGAGCACGUGCCCUCGGCCUUCAUGCACGUCCUGAAACAGCCGCUCACCCAGAUGGUGCUCAUGUGCCUGUUCUGCGCUCUCGUGACCAGCUCCAAGUCCUUCCUGCUGCCCAUCCUGGCCGUCACUCUGUUCCUAGCCGGGAUCCGGCAGUUUGUCAUCUACAUGUUCAACAGCUACAUCGACAUCUCGCUCAGGAAGGACGUCAGCAAGAUCAGCGAGGCCUACCUGAAGCAGAAGGACUCUGGUUUUUGGGUGGCUGACGUUGAGGGUCGGGUGGUUGGCAUGGUGGGGUGCUUUCCUAGUCAGGACGCGCCUGGCUGCUUGGAGCUGAAACGCAUGUCUAUACGCCGCGGUCACCGUGGAAUGGGCAUCGCCAAGGCGUUGUGUCGGACGGUGGCCGGUUUUACUCGGGACAGGGGUUAUGCAGCGGUCGUCCUGCAAACCUCUGUGGUGCAGACAGACGCUCAGAAGCUGUACGAGCACAUGGGCUACAAGAAGACCCGAGAGGUUGUUAUUCCUGAGCUCGCUGCCAAGAUCACGAACUUCACUCUGUUUGAGUACAGGCUCGAUUUACAGAGAGAUGGGGGAAAUGACUGAGUGGUCUGGAUGUGAGACUCCUCCAGUUUAUAGGCUAAUGUUUUCCCAGCAUGCAUUACAAUGCACUCAGGACAGCUGGUCAGAUGACAGUAUUAACACGAGGAACAACACCUGCUGUUAAAGAGUAGGCAUGAUUCCUCUCGUUACCAUCUCACACACGCACAGAACAG